AGCCUAGUAUCCUCAUAAAGCAAUUACCAAUAUCUAAGAUAUAGUAUUAUUACUCUCUAAGAGGUAGAAAAUUUUCAUUAAAUUAUUAUGGCAUCACUAGUUUCAAGUUGGUCAUCAGAAGUGAAUUCAAUUCCAAAUAAAUAUGUAAUUCCAUUAGAGAAAAGGGUAAAUGCAGAUGUACCAAUUGGUAAACAUAUUCCAGUUAUUGAUUUAUCACAACCUUCAAAUCAUUCUAUUCAGCAAAUCAUCAAAGCUUCUGCUGAGUUUGGUCUCUUUCAGGUGAUCAACCAUGGAGUUUCAGAAAGCCUAAUGGCUGAUGCAUUAGCAGUUUGCAAAGAGUUUUUCUAUCUUCCAAUUGAGGAGAAAGCAAAGUUUGUUGAGAAUAAAGAUGAUGAGAGCUUAAGUGACUUUGAACCAUCAAUUGACCAAAGGCCAAAACUUUACAUUGAAAAAGAAUACACACCAAAGAAAAAUGGUUCAAAAACUAAUGAGAAAGAAACUGUUUUUUGGAAAGAUACUUUUGGACAUGGUUGUCAUCCUCUCACUCAAGAUGUCAUCAAUUCUUGGCCUGAAAAACCACAAAAAUAUAGAGAAGUGAUAGGUGAAUAUGCAUUGGAGUUAAGGAAACUGAGCUUGAGGAUUUUGGACCUAAUGUGUGAAGGACUUGGACUUGAAGUAGGGUAUUUGGGGAAAGAACAUAGCCAGACUCAACUAAUGGUGACCCACCAUUAUCCACAAUGUCCAGACCCAAAUUCAACAAUAGGUAUAGCUGAACAUUGUGAUGGUGCACUUAUCAAUUUGGUCCAGCAAGAACUAAGUGGAUUGCAUGUGAGAUCAAAGGAUGGCAAAUGGUUUGGUGUUGAACCAAUUCCUGGUGCACUUGUUGUCAUCAAUGGUCUGAUCUUAAAGGUUGUGAGCAAUGGAAAGCUAUCAGCAGGAGUACAUAGAGUUGUGACAAACUCACAUUCUGAUAGGACAUCAGUUGGCAGCUUAAUAAGUCCAAUUGAGUGCGUAAUAGAACCUGCAAAAAUACUUGUAAAUGAGAACAAUCCACCAUUAUUCAAACCAUUUUCAUACACAGAAUAUUUGGGAUAUUAUUUCAGUGACACCACUGAAAUUGAAGCAGCAUUGAAACCAUACAAGCUCUACUAGGCUUGAAACAAAAUAAUAUAAGUUCAUGUUUGUGUUGUUGUAAUUUAAGUUUCUGUGUUUAUGUUAUUGUAUUGGGUAAAGAUCCUCGGGAGUCACAAGACGGAGCGGAAGGGAUCUCUCGCGAAGUAAGCAUUGUAUGACGAACCUCGAGACAUCAUUUACAAAUUCAACUGUACCGUUUUCAGGCUAAACAGUUAUGUUGUGAUGUGUUUGUUUGUCCUAUAUGGACUUUUUCUAGUUUGAUCUUUCAAGUGAAUAAAUUGGUUGGGCCACA